AAAACCGGCCACAGAGGAUUUUGUGAGGGAAGAAUAAAGGAAAAGGAAACAGCAAACCCUCUGCUUUGCUCCACCGCCCGCUACCACUGCAAGAACGGCCUCUGCAUCGACAAGAGCUUCAUUUGCGACGGGCAAAAUAACUGUCAAGACAACAGUGACGAGGAGAGCUGUGAAAGUUCUCAAGAACCCGGCAGCGGGCAGGUGUUCGUGACUUCGGAGAACCAGCUCGUGUACUACCCCAGCAUCACCUACGCCAUCAUCGGCAGCUCCGUCAUCUUCGUGCUGGUGGUGGCCCUGCUGGCGCUGGUCUUGCACCACCAGCGGAAGCGGAACAACCUCAUGACCCUGCCUGUGCACCGGCUGCAGCACCCCGUGCUGCUGUCCCGCCUGGUGGUCCUGGACCACCCCCACCACUGCAACGUCACCUACAACGUCAACAACGGCAUCCAGUACGUGGCCAGCCAGGCCGAGCAGAAUGCGUCGGAAGUGGGCUCCCCGCCCUCCUACUCAGAGGCCCUGCUGGACCAAAGACCCGCAUGGUACGACCUUCCUCCGCCACCCUACUCUUCCGACACCGAGUCCCUGAACCAAGCCGACCUGCCCCCUUACCGCUCCCGCUCUGGGAGUGCCGACAGUGCCAGCUCGCAGGCAGCCAGCAGCCUCCUGAGUGUGGAAGACACCGGCCACAGCCCGGGGCAGCCUGGCCCUCAGGAGGGCACCACCGAGCCCAGGGACUCCGUGCCCAGCCAGGGCACUGAAGAAGUAUAAAAUCCAGUUAUUCCAAAGUCCAUCUGGGUUCAUCUGCUCUGACUUGUCACCAUCCUAACAACUUGCGCUCACGGAUGCUCCUCAGGUUGCCUCAAAGAGUGAUUUGAGGUGUCAGCUGUCUCUCCAUUUCCCUCCUCCCCCAGAUUUCAGGGAUGUUUUUUCGAGGGCGACCUGGCAUUUUUCUGGCCUCUCAGUUGACAUGAUGGAUAUUGUGCAUCUUUUCUGAGAGGUGACUCUUCCGUCGGGCCCCGGGAUCACAGCUUGACUCUUCACAUCAUUCUUCUGUUCCCGUUGGAAUCUUGCUGAGUAGGGGAUUUAAAGUGGGAUUUAAAGCAGUCCUGGAGAAAGCAUUGUUUCUGUGCCAUGUUGGAUGUUCAGAAGGGCGGAAGACACUGGACCACAUUGUCUGUGGGCUGCCAUCUUAUGGCUCUAUUUGGGGUUUGGGUUGGAUAAUCCUACCAGGAGGCCAUCAUUGGAUGGCCGCCCUGGAAAGAAGCCAGGCGAGCAUCCAAACCUUGCCCCACUCUCUUACCCAUUGCUCAGCGGAGGCAGUGGCCAAAGAAAACUUUACACAUGAGUAAUACCCUUCAGUCUUCGGCAUUGUCAUUUUGGUUUUGUGAGUGACCCUGAAACCACCUAUUCUGGAUAGAUUCUGACUUUAAAAUGUUUCCCGAGAAUCCUCGUUUUGAGAGCUUUCACCUGCGGUCUAUAUGAUCCGCCUCAUCCCAGAAUAGGCAGGAAGCCCCUGCCAAGGGGUUUAUCCAAGCUCUCAGCUCCUGUAAUGCAGGCUGCUAAGACGCUGGGCCUGCUUUGGUCUACAGCCUAUUCCCUGGUUUCCAGAGUGUCGGCCUCCCAGCUGUGACCUGCCAGUAGCCAAGGGACGAGCACCCAACUGGAGUUGUCCUCAUAUAUGAUGUGACCCUUUGCCCUGUGAACCACACCCAGCCUGCCUGGCCCGUUCAUGCAGCUUCAACACUAGCCUUCUGAGUUCCCUUAACACUCAGAAGUCAUUUCACCUGUGCAUUUGGACUUGACACUGUGGUUUCUAACACAUGUGAGAACCACAUCCAAUACCUCCCACCAGAGCUCCCAGAUCCCUACGCUGCACACACUCCCCUCCCCAUGGCCCAAAUACCAGCACCCCGAGCUAGGGUUAGGGUUAGGGUUAGAGUUAGGGUCAGGCCCCUCCCAACAUCCCCUAGUUUUUCCCCUGAGAGACAGGGACAAUAGACAGUUUGGAGUCAAGAUUUGCCAUUCGGACUUGUUUGUUGUUGUUUUUUAAAUCUCUUAGAAAUGCAUUUGAAACGGUGUGUUUUGUUUUUUCCCUUCUAGUUAAGGGACUAUUUAUAUGUGUAUAGGACCGCUGUCAUUUUUUGUUGUUGUUUUUUCUUUAGUGAGGUCCAAAGACAGAUGCGAAAGGAGGCCACGCCUUUGUCCCGCUAAGCCCUGGUCCCAAGUCACCCCAGACUGAGUGUGGGGCGUUUGUGCUUUGUUGCACUUUGAGUGGUUAUUUAUCGAGUUUUCAAAGGAUGCUGAAGGAGGGACUUUCUCCCUCAGUCACAGUCUGUGUUUCUGCUAGCUUUCCUCUUUCUCGGCGCCCCGCCAGCCACAGGGCCCCACCCACUGGGGAAAUAAUGGGUAGAAACAUAGGCGAUAUUCGGCAAAAAACUGUCAGGGGACAAAACUGGAACCAGGUGGAGCCACUCUGGGUAGCUCUCGCCCAUUCAUAGCUCUUUCCACAGCUGAAGAAACUUUCAGUAGCUCUUUGAUGCUAAUUCAAGUGGAGCCUGCAGAUGGGGGAUGAAGUGGCCUUCAGUGACCCUGUUCUGUAGACUUUUUUUUUAUAUAAACCAAAUCCAAAGAAUAUUACUGGAAAGCUAACCACUUGGUGAUUUUUUUUUUUUAAGGAAAGGAACCUAGUUAGGCUUGCAUCUUUCAUUUUUAAAAUAACACUUGAGUUAUUUUCUGAGUAAUCCAAUAAAGAAGUUUUAAUGACAGCCAGAACAUUUCAUCUCCUGUGAGUCAGAAUAGCUUUAUUUCCCCCUUUGAUGGGCCCCUGCUUCUGUGUGCUGCUCUGGAAGUUGUUUAGAAGAAAGGGUUCUAAUUUUAAUUAAUUGUGCAGUGAAUUAAUCUCACGUACUUUUGUGCUUCCAGGCAUCUUAGGAAAACAAAUGGUGUUAGUAGAUAAGGAGAGCCUAUUAAUGUUGUUUAAAAAAAAAAAACAGGGACAUUUUUAUUAUAGAUUUGAUUUUUUAAUGAAUCUUUUAAAAAAUAUGUAAAUAGGACACCAAAGCUGCAGGGGUUUGGGGUGUGUUUUUUUUCCCCCUACUCAAAAUAGCAAAUAAGUGGCAAGCAUUAUUUUUUAACUCAUUCCAAUCAGAAUAUUUUUUAUACGUUGCCUAAAUCUAUGCCAACCUGGAAAACCAUCUCUGUUCUCAUUUUCUCAUAUGAGAUCAGCUAAUCCUUUUUAUUUUAACAUUAAAAUAAUUUCACUGUGAUCAAUAGUUUUAUCACCUGACUCAACUCCCUCUACUUUGAAAUUGACAUUUUUAAAAAAACAAAGCUAGGUGGUUAAUAGUGUGUGAUGUUCAAAGCUGAUGUAAACUGGAAAGGUUGUUAUGUGUGGUUGCUUUUUGUUUUUUGGUUAGUUUUUUUUUUUUUAAUUUUAUACUUUCAAAUAAACUUGCAGUUUCCUUCGCUC